CAGCGGCGGGCGGGACCAAAUCACCGCACCAGUAUGGCCGGCAACGCGUGGAGGUCAAUGCUGUCCCAUGUCGUGGGGGCGGCAAAGAGACCGGCAGUAUGUUCACGGCCCUUCUCCAGAGGGAUGCAGACUGUUACCCUGAUUCCCGGAGAUGGAAUUGGACCAGAGAUCUCUUCAGCUGUCAUGAAGAUCUUUGAAGCUGCAAAAGCACCCAUUCAAUGGGAAGAGAGGAAUGUCACAGCAAUCAAGGGCCCGGGAGGCAAAUGGAUGAUCCCUCAAGAUGCUAAAGAAUCCAUGGACAAGAGCAAGAUAGGACUGAAAGGACCCCUGAAAACCCCCAUUGCUGCAGGCCAUCCCUCCAUGAAUCUGUUGCUGAGAAAGACCUUCGACUUGUACGCCAAUGUGCGCCCUUGUGUGUCCAUUGAGGGCUACAAGACCCCCUAUACUGAUGUGGACUUGGUCACCAUCCGUGAAAAUACAGAGGGCGAGUACAGUGGCAUUGAACACGUGAUUGUGGAAGGAGUUGUGCAGAGUAUCAAACUGAUAACGGAGAAAGCCAGCAGACGCAUUGCUGAGUAUGCCUUUGAAUAUGCCCGAAAUAACCAAAGAACCAGUGUGACAGCCGUUCACAAAGCCAAUAUCAUGCGUAUGUCUGAUGGACUGUUCCUGAGGAAGUGCCGGGAGGUGGCAGAGAAGUUCAAGGACAUCAAGUUCACUGAGAUGUACCUGGACACUGUGUGUCUCAAUAUGGUGCAGGACCCCACUCAGUUUGACGUGCUGGUAAUGCCAAACCUGUAUGGCGAUAUUCUAAGUGAUCUGUGUGCUGGUCUGAUCGGAGGACUGGGGGUCACUCCCAGUGGGAACAUUGGAGCAAACGGUGUUGCCAUAUUUGAAUCGGUUCAUGGCACAGCCCCUGACAUAGCAGGUUUGGACAUGGCCAACCCAACAGCUCUGCUUCUCAGUGCGGUGAUGAUGUUGCGUCACAUGGGGCUCCAUGAUUAUGGCAAGAAGAUUGAGAUGGCUUGUUAUGACACUAUAAGAGACAAGAAGGUACUGACCAAGGACCUAGGUGGGAACUCCAAGUGUUCAGAGUUUACAGCUGAGAUUUGCCGUAGAGUUCAGGAUCUGGACUGAAUCUGCUUUAACGGAUGUAGCCAUUGUAGGAGCUCCAUAGUUCUACUGCAUGCUUGCUGAACUACUUCUGCACUUUGGCUCCAGCCCUAAGAUUAAUUGUUGAAUUGUCUAGAAAAAUCAAGUUACAAAAAAAAUGUCCAUGUGUCCUGGUAAUCAGUUUGUUUAGAGAGAAGUUUGUGCUCAUUUCACCUAUUUGGUUUUAUUGUAUAACAUUCUGGGAGGACUUGUAUGGCAUAAUAAUGCAGGAUAGAUGCAGCAUGGAGGAUUUUUUACAAUGGCUACUACCACUGCAGUUCAGUUAACAACACCUUUAAUGAGUACUUGACAUAAGUGGAAUUUGUGGAUUGGGCAAUACUCCACAAAAUCUAUCAAGCAGAAAGUCACAUUCACAACAUAUGUACGCACAAUGUAAAAUACAUGACCAAGUUUGGCGGAAAUAGUUAUUAAAGGGUUGGUACCUACUAAAAGGUACAUCUCAACUACUUUGCCACUCCACCUACUCUGACAGUUUGGAUAUUUGCUGUUUUUUAAUUGUCAAACAAUGUAACUGCUUAAAUGUCGUUUAUUUAUUAUUUCUACUUCAUGUCCACAGAUAUCAAUGUCUUCUGCAGUGCAGUUCAUCUUUAAACGUGCAUAUAUAAAGAAAACUAG